GUAUACAUUAAAAACUAACCCUGGUUAAAUCGGGCUGGUCAUUAAAUAAGGUAGAGAGAGAAAGAUUGACAUCAUCCCUCGAAGGAAAACCGCGUCUCUCUCUCUCGCUGUGCCCUUCCUUUACAUUUGAUCCUUGUUUGAAGCUCUCCAGAGUCUCGAGUGAUCCAGAAUCCACUGAAGCAAGACAGAGAUGGGGCUGACAUUCACGAAGCUUUUUAGCAGGCUUUUUGCCAAGAAAGAGAUGCGCAUUCUGAUGGUAGGUCUUGAUGCUGCGGGUAAGACUACCAUCCUGUACAAGUUCAAACUUGGAGAAAUUGUCACGACAAUCCCGACCAUUGGAUUUAAUGUGGAGACAGUGGAAUAUAAGAACAUCAGCUUCACUGUUUGGGAUGUUGGUGGUCAGGACAAGAUCCGUCCAUUGUGGAGGCAUUACUUUCAAAACACUCAGGGUCUUAUAUUUGUGGUAGAUAGCAAUGAUAGAGAUCGAGUUGUUGAGGCAAGGGAUGAGCUGCAUAGGAUGUUGAAUGAGGAUGAACUGAGAGAUGCUGUUUUGCUCGUCUUUGCAAACAAACAAGAUCUACCCAAUGCAAUGAAUGCUGCGGAAAUAACUGACAAGCUUGGUCUGCAUUCACUCCGCCAACGCCAUUGGUACAUCCAAAGCACAUGUGCAACAUCUGGGGAGGGCCUUUAUGAAGGCUUGGAUUGGCUAUCCAACAAUAUUGCUAGCAAGGCUUGAGGAUUGCGGUUUGCUGGUGGUUUUUUCGCUCAAUGCGUGGGGAGAUACUAAUGUAGGCGUUUUAUGAUAUUGUUGCAAUUCCUAGACUACAUUUUCUUGAAAUUUUCAAUGACGUUGUAGUAGCAAGAUGUUGAGAUGGAUACAAUUUUUGAAGCUAUUUUUUGGUUUUGUAUAACUGGUGCUUGGCUACUGCCUAUGGUCUUUAGCUGUAAAUGAUACUAUUAUGUAUGGUGUUGCCGUCUCUUUCUGAA